AUAACACUAUAGCAUGCGCACACAUUAAAAUAAUAACACCAGCUGAUGACUGGUAUUCGAAUUCUAUCACUCUAAAUUAUUCUGGUAUACGAAGUGACUGAGAACUCUGAACAGUCUGAACUAGGAGUAGUUGAAACUAAUACUAUUUUUUAUUAUUGCUUCCAAUCGUACUUACACAAUUAACGACACGUCGACGAAAUAAAGUCUACCGAGUGUGUUUCGAUCGUGCGUCGAAUAUUUCGAAUUGAAAACUAUAUUGCUCACGAAUAUGGCCCUGUCGAGUUAUAAACUGUUGCAGGACCUCCAAAAUUCGACGAACUACGACUGCCUGACUGCUGGUAACGUAUAGCGAUAUACCUGUUACGAUAUAAUUAAUAUUGUAUUGGCCAGACAUGGAAUGGGGAUGGGAUCCCUUGGAAUCAACCACUGAUGUGAAUAUAUCAGAUGACACAUUAAAGGUAGUAAUUCAUCCAAACUCUAGCCGAGGUACUGGAGCAGUUCGUGGUGACAUGCCGUUCGUGCCCGGUCAUAUCUACUAUUGGGAGAUUAAAGUGGAUGGUUCGCCUAUGGCGACAGACAUGAUAGUUGGUGUUGGUACAAAAGAUUUUGACUUGGAGAGCUCGGAAAAUCAAUAUACUAGUCUAAUAGGAUCAGAUGAGAAAUCGUGGGGGUAUUCUUAUAAAGGUGUCAAACACCACGGUGGAGAAAGCUUAAUGUAUGGUCAGAGAUAUGAUCUCGGUGAUGCAUUGAUAGGAGUCAGAUUGGAUAUGUGCAGAGGGACAUUGGAAUUUUUCCAUAAUAGAAUUCCGUUAGGUGUAGCUUUUGAAAAGCUGAAUAAUAAACAUCUCCUCUACCCCAUGGUUUGCUCCACUGCAUGCCGAACUCAUUUUACAAUUAAAUACUGCCGUUCAUUGCCAGUAAAUCUGCAACUUCAUUGUUUGCAAGCUUUCGACUCUAGUAAGAAUUCAUUAAUACCAUUUGGUAUUUUGAAAAUGGUAAUGGACUCUUGGUGGAUUCCGAAAUCCUCUUCUUCAUAACACAGCUUAAGAUUUCAUGAUCAUGUUUUAUUUUUAUUUUUUAAGACUACUUUAAAAUAUUACCAAGCAAACUUUUAGUAUUUAAGAAAUGUUUACUAUUAAUAAUAAGUAGGUAGUGUUCUACAUAAUUUUUGUGCAUACAUUGUGUUAUGAAUACAAUAUCUUUAUCAUUCUUUGUUAUUUUGUGAUUUAUUAAUAAUUAUUGACUAAUUAAAAAAAAAAAAAA